AUGGAGGAGAAUGAGGGGGGUGCUUAUCACCGCAACAGCAGCUUUAACUCCGCGCUUUUUGUUUGCACAGCCCGGCACAUAUGGUCCUCCGCGAGAAAUGCAGCAGCGCUCGAGUGUGCGACGUACCACUGCAAACACAUUUAUUUCACCCAUGUGGGCCGCAUAUGUCGCUACAGUGUGGAUAAACGUUAUGUUCAUUAUGUGUACGACAGAAAUUUCCCAGAAAGUCCAAGGCUUGACCAGGACAAGGACUUGAAGUGCGGCUUUGGUCCCACUGGGUGCCGGAGCACGUUUGCUGGAAGUUUCUCUGGUGUUGCCGAGGGCCGACACCGCGUUAGCUGGAGCAGCGAUGGCGUGCACCAGGACACACAACUGCCAGAGGCGCUUUCCACCAUCCCACGCCCGCAGAUGGGAGGUAUUUGUAUAAAAUGUGGAAAAGGUGUGUAUGGAGCGAGCCAGGCUUGCCAAGCAAUGGGUAACCUCUAUCACACCAACUGCUUCACGUGCUGCUCUUGUGGGAGAAGACUACGAGGAAAAGCGUUCUACAACGUCAAUGGCAAGGUGUACUGUGAAGAAGACUUCCUAUAUUCAGGUUUUCAGCAAACAGCGGACAAGUGCUUUGUUUGUGGACACCUUAUAAUGGAAAUGAUCUUACAGGCCCUUGGAAAGUCGUACCAUCCGGGCUGCUUCCGCUGCGUGGUGUGUAACGAGUGUUUGGAUGGAGUCCCCUUCACUGUAGAUGUGGAGAACAAUAUUUACUGUGUCAAAGACUACCAUACGGUUUUUGCACCAAAAUGCGCUUCCUGUAACCAGCCGAUCCUACCAGCACAGGGCUCCGAGGAGACCAUUCGGGUGGUGUCAAUGGACAAAGACUACCACGUGGAGUGCUAUCACUGUGAGGAUUGUGGCUUGCAGCUCAAUGAUGAGGAAGGCCAUCGUUGUUACCCGUUAGAGGGCCACUUGCUCUGCCACGGCUGUCAUAUCAGGCGUCUUAAUAUUAAACUGCCAUCACAUCCACCUCCGAGCUAUCCAAUGCAUGUCACAGAACUCUGA